UUUAGUUAGUUCUAACGGGUCUUUGUGAAAAGUCAGUCUUCCUUGGAAUUGUAAUAUUUAUAAAAAUUAUGAAUUAUAAAUCUAAUUAUUUAAAUUUUUAUUUAUACUAAAAAUAAUAUGGAUCAAAUUUUACCUUCAUGGCUUGAUCAUAAAUUCAUAGAAAAAAUUUUGAAAAAUAUUGAAAAUGACGAUUCAAUUUGUGUUGUUAAUAUAAAUUCAAAACGAGCUAGUGGUGAAGCUGAUAAUUUUACUAGUUUAAUAAUUCGUUUAAUUGUGGAUUUUACAAUAAAUGAAAAAUCAAAAAAAUUAUUUAAAAAAAAAUCAUUGAUUGUGAAGAUUGCUCAAGUAAAAAAUGGCAGAAACAAAGAAGUAAUUGAACAAAUGGGUGUUUUUAAUACGGAAAUAAUGAUGAUGACAUCAACGUUAAAAGAAAUGGAAAAAAUUCUUGAUGAUGGUACUAAACUUUGUAGUGAAUAUUUUUAUGGACAAGAUCAUUCACCAGAUGUUAUUAUUAUGGAAGAUUUGAUAGAAUCAGGUUUUCGUUUAGUUGAUAAACGAGCUGGUCUUGAUCUUCAGCAUAGUUUAUUUGCCAUUAGAAAUUUAGCAAAGUUUCAUGCAAGUUCUGUUGCACUUGUUGAAAAGAAUCCAAAUUGUAAAAAACAAUACAAUAAAGGAUUUUUUUAUAUUACUGAUGAAUUGAAAGAAUGGAAAGAAUUUAUUGAUAGUACAAUGAAAUUAUUUGGUAAAGUAGUUAGUUCGUGGCCUAAUCUUGGUCAGAAAUAUCAAGAUAAAUUAUCAAAAAUAUCUGAUAAUUUGUAUAAUUUAAUAGCCAAAAAAACUAUAGUCAAUGAAAAUGAAUUUAAUGUUAUUAAUCAUGGUGAUUUUUGGAUUAAUAAUAUGUUAUUUCAUUAUGAUAAUAAUAACCAAGUUGAUGGUCACAUUUUUCUGGAUUUUCAACAACCUGUUUACAAAUCUCCUGCAAUCGAUUUAAAUUAUUUUCUUCAUACAAGCUUAUCAGAAGAUGUAUUUAUCAAUCAUCGUGAUGAAAUUCUACAAGAAUAUUUGAAUGUUUUAACAAUGACAAUGAAAAAAAUUGGCUGCAAAACUUUACCACCAAGCAUGGAUGGUUUGAUAAAAUUAAUUCAUAAAUAUGAAAUAUAUAGUAUAUUUGCUGGUUGUGUUUGUCUUCCAAUAAUGACAGCUGAUAGAAAAGAUGUCAAAAAUAUUGAAGCUGCAGUCAUUGAAUGCCUUUCAAAUCAAUUUUUUUUAAAACGAAUAACUAAAAGGCUUGAAGCGUGGGAUAAAAUUGAAUUAUUUGAUAUUUAAAUUUUUCUUUUAUUUUUAUAUGUCAGUUUGUUAAAUUUUAUUAUUUAAUUUCAGUAUGUUUUUAUAAUAUAAUUUUCCAAACAAUAUAUUCAUUACAAAGCUUCUGUCUUGAUAGCUUAAUGACCUCUUCAACAAUAACUCAAAGACAAUUAAGAUAUUGAAAAAAAAGAAAUGUUUUUUUUUUUUUUAUAUCUGCCUCAAAAUUGACUUGAAAAUCGUGGAUAAAUUUUAUCAAAUUAAGUCAACAACUGUUGGUGAAUAAUUGCGUCAAUCUACAAGUGUCACUUAUCUGAAUAAUACAUUUGUAUAUUCAACUGACAAUUUAUCUAGAAACUAGUACAAGUUUGUCUAUAGGGAUUUUAGAAAAUACUUUUAACAAAAAAUAAUUAUUAUGUAACAUUUACUAAAUAAAUAAAAGAUUCAAAUAAAUAGAUGAAAAAUAAAUAAAAUUAAGAAAACAAAUAAAUACAAAUUCAAUUGUUUUAUGUUGAUUAUACAAUUUACAAGAAAUCAAGUCUUUCGUCUUGAGUAACUUGCCAACUGAACGAAUUGAGACUUGUCUUAAAAAUGUUUACUGUAUUUCUUCAUUUACCUCCAUGCAUACCUUUUUUUUUUUGUUUUUAUUUUAUUUCUUAUAUUUCUCUCUUUAUUUUCUCAAGAUCCCUCUGUCCUCAGAACUAAUAUAUCUUUUUGUCUUGCUUUCAGAUGCCCUGGAUGAUCCCGUUCUCUAUCCAAUGCCCAUUCACGAAUGCACAAGUCUCGAGUAUCCCCCCAACGAGAGAAAGAGCCACUUUGAUGAUAUCAUCUUGAAACAAAUUGCGAG